CCUCAGGGAACUACGGCUUCAUGGACCAGAUCGCAGCUCUGAAGUGGGUCCAGGAAAACAUCCACAUGUUCGGAGGAGAUCCUGAGAAAGUCACCAUAUUCGGACAGAGCUCAGGUGGGACGUCGGUGUGGACCAUGAUGAUGUCUCCGCUGGCGAAGGGUCUGUUUCGGGCGGCGGUGGAUAUGAGCGGCUCGUACGUCUACAACGCCACGCUGGAACAAGCCGAGUCCGACAACCUGCUGUUCCUGCAGAGGACGGGCUGCAGCGACCCGAGCUGCCUGAGACGCCUCCCCAUCGCCGACGUCCUGAAGGCCAUCCCGUGGCAGGAGUUCCCGUCCUGGGCUGCAGACGAGGUGAUGGACCUCCCCCUCAGAGGACACUUCGUGGGCCCCAAGGCGGUGGUGGACGGAUACGUGUUGGAGGCUCCUCCCUUCGAGGUGUGGGAGAAGAAGAAAGGAAACUACAACGACGUCCCGUUUGUUAUCGGGACGACGGAGCAGGAGGCAGACUUCAGCCCACGAGCUGAAAACAUCUCUUCUUGGACCUGGGGCGACUACAGCUGGUUUGUGACAGAUAAACUCCGGUCCUUCUCUGAGACCCUCCCCAGCGAUGCACUGGAGUUGUACCCGAGCUCCGCCCGCUGUCCGACGGCACAGACCGCUGCCCGGAGCGCAGCUUCACCUCCAUGGUGUCCGACAUCCGGGUCACCUGCCCAACAACGACCUCGCCAGGAGGGCCGCAGAGGCUCUGGACAGCCCGGGUACCGGUACGUUGUGUGACGCCACCCCCUCUGGCCCGGUGUGAACUUGUCCGGGAGACUUGCUGCCGUUCCCUAGCCGCUUCUCCUUCCACUGCCUGGACACCCUCUCGUUCUUCAGGGGUCUGGAGGCGGCGCUGGGGAAGAAGCUCUCUGACGGAGACCGGAGCUUCCAGGAUCUCAUCACAAAACACCUCGUCACCUUCGCCAAAACAGGUAAGAUGGCGGACGAGUGGCCAGAAUACCCAGCAGCCACUGCUCUCCUGUCCCGACCAGCUGUCCGCCGGUGCAGAGCUACUCGUCCACUCGCUGUCAGCUGUGGGAGGAAACGGUCUCUUUGCGUACGCCUGGACCAAACUGACCAACCCCUGACCUUCAUCACUUACUCCUCUUCACUGGACUUUAUUCAAAUCACUGAUUUGGAUCUCACGCAAAACCGACUGUGAGUUUAAAAGCGCACCGUAAAUGUUGCAAAGAUGUGUUUGAGAUCUAAUAAGCUUCAUUUUGAAGUAUUAUGAAGUAUUAAAAACAGUCGUACCUUUUUGUAAAUAUCUACAGAACUGCAUACAACUAACAAGAGUGUGGUUCACAAACACAUUACUUCAUUUAACCUGGAGUGGAGUCAGGUUUUAUGUCCUCACAAUAAAACAUGAAAGUGUUAUUCUGUGUUAUUAAAAGAUGUGGAAUUUGAAAUACCUUUUACUGAAGGAAUAGGAAACCUUAAAGCAUACUAUGUGGAUUAUCAGUUUCUGUGGUGCUUGAGAGACCAAGGUAUGAAUCAGAGUAAUACAACAUUAUGUAUGACUCAUUUUAGCAGCAGUUACUCUCUAAAGCACAGAAACACAUCCACUGACCCCCUCGAGGUGAUGCAUUGCCAAAUGUUGUGUAUGGCUUGAAAUGUCCAACCAAUGAUGCCAAAAACAUCCAGUAUGCAGAAAAAUAAGAAUAUCUAACGGCUAUCUGCAUUAAAGAAUCCAUGACACACUUCUAGAAGGACAUAUUUGAUGAUCAAAAGGUAUUUUGUUAAGAAUAUAUGUAUGUUUUUUGAAAAUCCUGCAUUGUAUGCCUUUAACUUUCCAUUUUGGCUUCGUACACUAGAGGUGGGAAAGUGUUUUUUGUGUAGACUGAGUUGGAGUAAGUUACUGUACACAGAACUGAGAGUUGGUUCAAAGUGAAUAACAGUGUAUCGUACAAUCAAAGAAAAUGGGAAUCAGGAUGUGUGAGGGACACUGUAUGUCAUCAUUUGUGUGUUAGGUCCUUGAAAAGUGUCGAGGAAAGUGAUGUAUUUUAAUUGGCAAUACCAAGUAAUACUGUUGAACGUUAGAAACAUUUCCUGUCAAGUAAAGUUGACAUACGUUUCUAAAUUCAGGGAAAUGUUUGUGGUAAAAAGGGAAUUUUUUGAAUAACUUUGUUAACCUGUGAAUAUGUCGGUUCAAUGUGUGAAGUCCUGCAGUUUGCACCAUUUCCUAACCUCUCCUCUUUGCACUUCCUGUGAUUAUUUUAUAACAUAAAUAUUUCUUUGCACUCAUGAACGAUUAAGAUGCAUAUGAAGCUUUUAAGUAGAUUACAACGGGAGCUUAAAUUCACAUGUAACUAAAUCUGAAACAAUAUAUUCUUCUUUAACCACUUAUGAGCUUUUGCAAUUAUAAAUUAUGAUUAUGUCAUCAUGCUUUUUGUUUGUUAAUGCAUUGGAAAUGUUGUCACCUAUUAUAGCCUAAUAAAAUUGACACAAAACAACAUUA